AUGGCCGACCCCGAUUUCGAUAUCGACUUCUACGGCGAUGCCGAUGCCGAUGCCAAUGAACAGCCCCAGCAAGAAGAGCGGCGCCAAAGCGGCGAUCAUAUGCGGGACGACUAUGACUAUCAUGGCCAGGGCGAGAGACGGGGAGACAAUGAACACGAAGACGAUCGCCGCUAUGACGGCAACCGAAGCGAUAACGCCGAACACUCUUCACAUCAACAUGGCGUUAAGAGAAAGUCAGAGGAGCAAGAGGCAGAUGACAGACCCAUCGAUAACGGUGCUACGGCAGCUAUAAUGAUCUCAGAGCUUAGCUGGUGGACCACCGACGAUGAUAUCAGAGGCUGGCUUCGAAGAGCUGGCUGCGAAAAGGAGAUUAAAGAGCUCACUUUCAGCGAGCAUAAAGUCAACGGAAAGAGCAAAGGACAAGCCUAUAUCGAGUUUCAAACUCGCCAAGGAUCCACCUCUGCGAAGCGCUACAUCGAUUCUGUCUCGGCAGACAUAGUACAACCCGGCCAGAAACAAAUAACUAUUUCUUACUGGAACCCCGGCGUCAACCCCUUCAGAACGCUACCCAAAGAUGCUCCAACCCGCGUCAAAGAGCAGCCUCGGGCCGCCCCCUCUGGAUCCUACAAUGAUCGCGGCAGCUAUGGAGGUUUCCGUGGUCGAGGUGGCAUGGGCGGAAAUCGAGGCGGCAUGAACCCCGGUUUCAACCGCAACUACGGCGGAAACAUGGGCUAUAACAAUAACAACAUGGGAGGCAGCGGUUUUAACGGACCAAUGGGCGGCGGCGGCGGCGGCGGCGGCGGCGGAGGUGGCUCUCACUACCUUUUCAGCGGUCGAGGUGGCCCUUCAGGGAUGAUGAGAGGCGGCCAGCCUGUAAUGCGUGGCAGAGGCGGAGGAGGCGGCGGUAUGAUGGGUAUGAACCCCAUGGGAGGUAUGGGCAUGGGAAUGCCCGGCAACAUGGGCAUGGGCAUGAUGCAAGGUAUGAAAGCUGUCACUUUACGCCACCCCAAUCCACAGAUCACAAUCCGUCAAACGGCAUCGGUUACAGGCUAG